CCUAUGGUCAUCUGGCCCUGGCUCCUUGCCGCGCUGGUCUGGCAUGCUGUCGCGCGCAACUCUGAAUGCCCUGUCGUUGACCGCGGUCAGCGCAAGUUAGCUAUUGGUCAACAAUACUGUGGUCAACAGUAGAAGUAGGACGCAAGUUGAUAACUUGAUGUGUCGGGGCGUGGUCAAGAGGCUUUCAGACUACUGUGCACGGCAGCGCCGAGCUUGUAGAUCGUCGCAAAUUUAGCAGAGUUAUCAACUCGGUACAUUUGUAAAUGCGCGGUUUCGGUCGCGCCCGAGCUAGCAGCUCGGUUCCGUCGCGGACAGAGCCAGUAGCUUGGGGCGAGUGGCCCGACAAAGCGUGCUGCAGGCCUGCGGAUGAACCAACAUAAAGAUGCAACAACAGAGCUUGCAGUUCCAUUGCUUGACAGAGCUUACAGCUUGUGAACGAUUGCGCGUGCAUGCAACGUGCUUACGCCUUGCUGCCAUCAGAUCUCAUAGGAUUAUGUAUUAUAGAUAGUAGAAGCAGCCAUAAAGCGAAAAGCGUGACUGGCCAGCGAUAACUCAAAUUACUUGGCGGUCCGCAACUAUAUGCCACUCCAUUGAGACCGAAACCUUGACGAGCCUGUCAGGCCAAGCUGCCUCAGAGCGUGAGCGGUCCUUUGCAAUGGAGGAACAGGACAAGCUGCAGAAGGAACUGAAUACAGUAAGAGCGGACAUGGCCUCGUUGUCGGCCCUAGCGGAGUCAACCAAGGGUGCCAAGGACCAAGGACCCCAUCAGGAGUCAACGCGAUUGCUACGGACAUUUCUCUUGCUGCAAAAAAGGGAGCUUCUGCUGCUCGAUAAGCUUGGCUCGGCGGCUGGCCUGGCGGUGGGGAGCCGCAAGCUUUGGCUCCGGCCAGACUCGCAGAACCAGGACCUGUUCUUCUUUGAGCCCGUGGGCACCAACAGCGGUGCGGCUGCCGCAACUCCUGGCGUGAGCAGCAGGUUCUUCCUGGACCCCGAGGGCAGGCAGACAGAUGAGCUGCAGGACUGGCUGCAACUCGUCGACGAGUUGCACCGUGACGGCGUACCCAUCUUGCCGCUGUUCAUCAACGGUCAGGUCAAGCACGGCAAGUCCUACAUGCUCAACGAGGUGCUGCCUGCGGUGGCCAACACUUACUUCUGCAGCGGCGGCAGUGGCCGGCAGCACGCCGGCGCGGUGCUUUCAGAGCCCAACUUCCUGCGCGUGGACUGCUUGGACUGCGACCGCAACAGCGGCUGCGGUGGCUUCCUUAAGGGCUUCCUCCUUAAACUCAAGCGGAGCGCAGCCGACCAGCAGCUCUCUGCCGCCGCCAGCACGCCCGUACCCAGCAACUGCUCCGCGGGCGUCAUGGCGGACGCCAUUCAGGACUUCAUGCGGCGCCUGCCACGGGACCGUCUGAACUUCCUGCUGAUCGACGAGGUGGAGAGCUUUUACCUGAUGACGCGGCCCGUGUCGGGCGACUGUCCGCCGCGCGGCUCAACCCUGGACGUGGACGCGGUGCUGCACAUGCGGCGCAUCCUCAAGGAACUCCUGCUGCACAGCCCCCACUGGGUCGCCUGGGCCGUCACAGGCAGCUCCAUGGCGACGCUGUGGGCCAACGUUGCAGCCACCCCGACCAACGGUUUCCCUUUAAUCAUGCACCACCGCCGACUCAACCUGAGCCCCACGGUGUCUCACGACGUGUUGCGAGUCGCUUGGCAGCAGCUCAAAGCCCAGGCCGCGACCUGGGAUCCGCCGCUGCCGAACGACCUGGUCUGGCGGUCGCCGCCGCAGAUCGCCACGCUUGCCUACUUGUGCCAGGAGUGGAGGUACAGCCGCACGGCCAGCACAGCUGCGGAGCUGGUCGAGCAAACCAUGAUGCAAAAGGUCAUUCCCGAGGUGCUGGCGGACCUGCGCACGGCGCUGCAAGUGCUGGGCCAGCCUGCUGCACAGUUGAAGCUUCUGCGCGAGCUGCUGGACCCGAUGGCUGGAGUGGACCCGGCCAAGCUCCCGUUGGCGUUCAAGGUGCUGCUGGCCAGCUUCGCCACAGAGCGCGAGGGAAAGCUGUACCUGGACUACCCACUGCUCGCUCAGGCGGUCACCACGAAGUCUGAAGAGCUGUUAGUGCUCGGGGAGUGCUGCGGAGUGCUGGCCGAGUUCCACAGCAGUGGUCGUAGCGAGGUGGUGACUAAUACGUACGACAGCCCACUGCCCAUGCGCAGCAAGGCCCCGGGCGCAUCGGCUGCAGCAACGCCCAAGGCGCACUUGCAGCCUCAUGUGGGGUCCGUGCGCCCCAUUUCGCUGCACUUGGGCAAGCGGCUGCUGGGGCGUGCCGCCGUCGUCCAGCCGCGUAACAUGGGACGGAUGGGUAGGUGUUAGUUGUACCCCACAGGCUGGUCACAGUAACCGUGCUUGCGCCAGGGUUCUGGGCUUUGUUAGUUCCCUGGGCGCCAUGUGCCAGCACGGCCUGCAGCAGAUCUGUUUCCCGCGUGUCAGCGAGAAGGAGAAGCACCACGAGGGCGAGCGCGGCCUGGUCCGCAGUGCGGAGGAUGAGGCGGGCGAGUAGGUAGGUGUGACAGAUGGUUGGUCGUGGGCCUGUGCCACGAACGGGCCUCGUGAGGCUCAACUGAGUCGCUUAGAAGGCACCCGGCGUGCUAGAUGACGGUGGCGACGACCUUGGCUGGUGCUGCACCCAGCGACACUAUCUACCAUAGUCACUUUUGCACGCAAUAUGAAAGUCAACGCCUCCAUGCAUAUAUGUUGAAGCACGGCAGACUGGGCGGGCAUCUCUGUGCUUGUGCUUGGUGGCUGGACGCAUGGCGGGCCGUACCUGUACGAACCGACCCCGGCUAAGUCCGGGACUUGAGGUAGACGCUUGCCGCCUGAGACUACAUACAGACGUGGCGUGGGCUCAGCCCACUAUUCCCUUGCGAGGUCAAGGCAGAUUUCUUGUUCAUGUGGGCUUAACGAGAAAAAAGCGCGAAUCCGCUUUCAAAAUUGAAAAUGGGUUUCUGGGUGCAAAGUUCUGACCCCUCAAAGUGGCCGGUCGGUCGGUCGGUCGGUCCCACGAGGUUUUGCACAGGUUCGUGCUAAGUUUUGUUCCUAGCGCUUCUGUCCUGCAGCGCGCGGCGCAAUGGGUGCAGCUUAACGAUGCGCGCGUAGGUAUACCCCGGACUCAGCAACCGUGCACAGUCUGGGGAGCGUUUUAUCGGGAGAUGCCUGGGGAGCUGGUCAGGGACAGGCCGAUGCCGGCCGGGUUUUGCAUGGGUGAACGUGUCAGCACAUUCGUACUAUCAAGCAACAUUGUAAUAAGCCGUUGCG